AUUUUCUAAUAGUAAUGGAAGAACUGAAUAGUGGUGGAAGACCCUGUGAUUGGGGUUUCCCUGACUCAUGGGCAAUGACCAGUGGCCUAGCCUCUCAGGCAGAAGGGCAAUGAAAACCUGGACACUUAAAGGGAUGCCUAUGUGGAACACAGCCCUAUGGAGACUUGGAGGCUGCAUUAAAGUGGAACAAAUGAAUGCUCAUCAGAAGAACUCUCUCCUGUGGAGUCCUAAUUAGGGGAAAGGAGUCAGGCUAAUGAGACCAGGAGAAAGUCAAGAGAUAAAGCAAAUAAGCUAUAAAUCUGUUUUUCUUUUCUUUCUUUUUUUUUUUGAGACAGUCUCGCUCUGUCGCCAGGCGCCAGGCUGGAGUGCAAUGGCGCAAUCUCAGCUCACUGCAACCUCCGCCUCCUGGGUUUAAGCAGUUCUCCUGCCUCAGCCUCCUGAGUAGCUGGGAUUACAGGCACGCACCACCAUGCCCAGCUAAUUUUUGUAUUUUUAGUAGAGACGGGGUUUCCCCACGUUGGCCAGGAUGGAAAUCUGUUUUUCUUUGUGGUCCAGGACAUAUGGCCCAAGACAUUUAUGGCCCUCCUGCUCAGAUAACAUACAUAACUCACAAACUUCCUGCUUACCAUCAAAUGCCUCAAUUUAUCAAACACUCCAGCUGACUCAAGAAAGCAAAUUAGGCCGGGCACGGUGGCUCACGCCUAUAAUCCCAGCACUGUGGGAGGCCGAGGCGGGUGGAUCACGAAGUCAAGAGAUCGAGACCAUCCUGGUCAACAUGGUGAAACCCCAUCUCUACUAAAAAUACAAAAAAUUAGCUGGGCAUGGUGGGGCGUGCCUGUAAUCCCAGCUACUCAGGAGGCUGAGGCAGGAGAAUUGCCUGAACCCAGGAGGCGGAGGUUGCGGUGAGCCGAGAUCGCACCAUUGCACUCCAGCCUGGGUAACAAGAGCGAAACUCCGUCUAAAAAAUAAAUUAAUUAAUUAAUAAUAAAAUAUUUGCUCAGGUAUCAACUUCCCUAUCAUUCUCUAUUACGGAUUUCUUAGUGUUGCCAUCCUUCCUUACUGCCUCAACGUUUCAUCAUCAUGUUCUGCUCUUUUCUUUCUCAUAUGCUAACAAAUUAGUAACUUACUUUUAUUUAAUGCUGUACGUUUCCCUCUACUAGAAGUUAGAUUUUACGUUUUGUGCACUGAUGGUUCAGCACAGCUACCAAAGGGCCCAACCAACACUGGAACCUCAAGACAUGUCUUGGAGAAGGCUUAACUAUUCUUUCCGUCUCUAUUCAUUUACUAAUCUCUUUUCAGUUUCAGUAUCCUCAAUGAACUCGAGUGUAUGAAACAAUCAUAUUUUGAGUCAGACUUUAAAGUGAUUAAUAAUCAUGGAUAAUGAGGUGCUCAGUUCUUAUCUCUUCACUUAUUUGAUCCCAGUGUCUUCUGGUCUGCUCAGGAUUUAAAAGAAAUGUUUCACAGGAAAGUGGCUCUUCAGCUGUUUCUGCAGUUAUUUACAGGAAACUUUAUAAUUCAAAUUAAUUGCCUUCAGUAAUUUAUGUCAUACACAAAUAUUUUUCAAACGUGUUCUCAACUCCCUGUGCACAUAAUGUCACUGAAGUUACAGGUGAAAUGAUAAUUACUUCCCAGCAAGGAGAUGAGAUCAUGGAGUCUCAAACCUUUAUCUCAGGGUCAGAUGUCCCCUUCUCACACCCGCACAGAUGUUGCUCCAGCACCCACUGACCUGAUUGCAAACGUCAUUUGGUCUCAUCCCAGCAAGGCCAGUCUUGUGUGACUGAACAGAAAUUUCUCAGUGUGAAACAGUCUAUAGAGAUACAGAUAUGGGGUCCUGCUAUAUUACCUGAGCUGGUCUUGAAAUCCUGGCCUCAAGCAAUCCUUCUGCCUCAGCCUCCCAAAGUGCUAGGAUUACAGGAAUGAACCGUCGUGCCUGCCCAACAUCGUUCUUUCCGUUUGUUGAACUCUUCAUUGUUCUGGCACCAAUUAAAACCAACGUCUUAUAGAUAAUAACGUGAUGGCUCCCACCAGUCCGCAAAUGGGGAUUACCAUUCUCACUCAGAUGGUGGUGGGAAUCCUUGGAAACUCCUUCCUUCUUGGUCUUUUUCACUCCGCUCUGCUUACUGGACACAAGAUUAGACCCAUGGAUCUCAUUCUCAACCAACUGGCCUUUGCCAACUUGUUUGUGCUUUUUUCAAAAGGGAUCCCUCAUACAAUGGUAGCUUUCGGAUUGAACUUUUUCCUGGAUGACGCCGGAUGCAAAAUUCUCUUCUAUUUUCACAGAGUGGCCAGAGGGGUUUCCGUUAGCACCACCUGUCUUCUCAGCGGCUUCCAGGCCUUAAAGCUUUGUCCCGGUUUCUCUAGGUAUUUGGAGCUCACAAUGAGAUCCCCAAAGUGCAUUGGCUUCUGCUGUUUUCUCUGCUGGAUCCUGCAGGUGUUGGCAAAUAUCUUUGUUCCUAUGAGAAUGAUUAGUCCAUUAAACAGCAAAAAUGUAAGUGUGAAAAUAAAUUACGUAUACUGUUCUUCACUCAAACCAGAUAGCUCUAUGAAGUUUCUAGUCGUGUUCACGUUCUCUGCAAUUGACUUUAUGAGUUUGGGCCUCAUGGUCUGGGCCAGUGGCUCGAUGGUCCUUUUCCUGCACAGACACAAGCAGCGAGUUCAACACAUUCACAGCAACAGACUCUCCUCCAGAGCUUCUAAAGAGGCCAGAGCCACAUGCACCAUUUUGAUAUUUGUGAGCACCUUUCUUGCCUUUUACUCACUCUCCUCUCUUUUUCACAUUUGGAUGACUCUAUUCGUUAUUCCAGGUCAGUGGCUUGUGGACAUCUCUGUGAUUUUGUCCUCAUGUUUCCCAGCGUUCAGUCCCUUUGUGCUCAUUCAUGGUGACACUCGAUUCUCUGUGUUUCAUGCAGCCUGCUAGUCAAGGAAACGCCCUUUUCCCAGUUCACCCAGGGUGGAGUGUCCUCCUGGAGGAGGCAUCCCCUGGGCGAAGCCACCCAGGAACUCUGCCCCAGGAACUUCUCAGCCCAGCCUCCUGCACCUGGGAACCAUCAAGGGGCCAGGGGGCAUGGACCCCAAGUGGCCUCGCAGACCAGUGGCCCUCAGCCUGACCCUGAUCUGUGGGUAGCUUCUGCCGCCUACGGAACUGCUGAGGUCCCCAAAAUGGCCUCAAAUGCCUCGGCCCUGUACAUGAGGAGGAUGAGGCUCCUUCCCUCCCAUGGGGCAGGGCGGCCACGGUAUCCACCUGGCCUGUGGAGUGACGCUUCAGUGUGGAUCCGGAGCCUUAGCUUCCUAAACCUGAAUCAACGUCUCUAGCCACAUGGGUGCUCAGUCUGGUAUGGGACCUUGGAAAUCGGCCAAUGGCCUUUUUAAGAUGUGGCAAGACCCUGUCUCCCUGUUGAUGGUGUUGUGCCUUUUCCUAGCACCCUCCCAGUGUCUGCUUGGACCUUGUGUCAGGGAGGGCACCAGAACGCUGGUGUUAUAUGUACAUUUUCAGUGCCACAAAGAAAAGUCAGCACUGGGACAAAGGAUCUCAACAAGGACUUCCUGCAGAAAGGGUACCCUCACCAGCAAUCUUGCCAGGAGAGUACAACAAACAAAGAAAAAGCAGACAUAUUUAUCCCUUAUGCAUUUGGGAUUGUCCUUACUGCUGGUUAGAGCCAGACCUCACAAUCUAAAUUAAAACCCAAUUAGCUAAACACUUAAAACUUUUCUAAACAGGUAAAAGCAAUGGAGAAGAAAAAGCAAAUCCAAAUAAAGGAAGUGGCAUAGGCUGCAAGCUGGGACAUGCUUGUGAGCACGUCCAGCACCGAUAUCUUGGUUAAAGUACAAGGACAUAGAACGUACCAGGUGCCUAUAAGCAUGUCUAACAGCCACAUAGGAUAGGGCUUAACAAAGAGCUACUAGCAAACAGCAAGAAGGCUUUGAAGAAAGUGUUUAAAACAAACUAGUAUUCCUAACACUUAUGAUUAUUCUUUAACAAGAACGGAAACUUAGAGAACUUUCCUACUUCCCACACCUGGGCUUCCGAGAACUACAUUACCCACAACGCCGAGCGCCAAGCUGCAAAGAGGAGAAGCCAAUCAACGUUCAGGACCGGGCGUGUCGGUGGUUGUGGCCUACAGUAAGGCGGGACUUCCGGCGCCACUCCGAGGUGCUCGUUUGGGUUGUUCUGUAUUUUGGCCCGCGCCUGAGUUAGGAACGCUGCCUCCGGCACAGAGCAGGGAUCGCCCAGCUGCGCAGCAGUCCGUGGGUCGCCGGCGCUGGUGGCAGCCGUGCCUGGGUUCCCGCCCCGGGUCGCCCGCCCCUCCCGCCACCCCUCGGCCCCUAAUCCGAUGGCGGCGUCCGUGCUGAGGGCUCUGACUCCGGUAUCCAUGACUGCAGAAGCUAAAUGCACGGGCUUCACACAGGGCUCUGUGACCUUUGAGGACGUGGCCAUUUACUUCUCCCAGGAAGAAUGGGGGCUCCUUGAUGAGGCUCAGAGGCUCCUGUACCGCGAUGUGAUGCUGGAGAACUUUGCACUUUUAACCUCACUGGUUUGUUGGCAUGGGAUGGAGGAUGAGGAGACACCUGAGCAAAGUGUUUCUGUAAACGGAGUACCUCAGGUCAGGACUCCAGAGGCAAGUCCAUCCAUCCAGAAGACUCAAUCCUGGGACAUGUGUGUCCCAUUCCUGACUGACAUUUUGCACCUGACCGAUUUGCCUGGGCAGAAACCAUACUUGACUGGGGCAUGUGCGGACUUUAACCAGGAUGAGAAGCAUCAUCGUUCAGAGAAACCCUUGGACAGGGACGUGGACAAGGCCUCAUUUGUGCAGUGCUGCCUAUUCCGUGAGUCAGGAAUGCGUUUCACCAGUAGUGAGGUUUGGAAGGACCUCCUAGCCCCAUUGGGCCUUCUUCAGCCACAGGCCAUUACUAACUAUGAGAAACCAAACAAAAUCAGCAAAUGUGAGGAGGCCGUUCAUGUUGGAAUAAGUCAUUACAAGUGGGGCGAAUGCAGGAAAGAUUCCAGCCACAAACAUACUCUUGUUCACCCUAGAGUCUGCACUGGAAAAAGGUUUUAUGAAUCUAGCAAAUGUGGGAAAGCCUGCUGCUGUGAGUGCUCCCUUGUUCAGCUCCGAAGAGUCCACCCUGGAGAAAGGCCUUAUGUGUGUGGUCAGUGUGGGAAAUCAUUUAGCCAAACCUCUCAUCUGAAUGACCAUCGGAGGAUCCACCCUGGAGAAAGGCCUUAUGUGUGUGGUCAGUGUGGGAAAUCAUUUAGCCAAACCUCUCAUCUGAGUGACCAUCGGAGGAUCCACCCUGGAGAAAGGCCUUACGAGUGCAGCGAAUGUGGGAAAUCUUUUAGCCAAACCUCUCAUCUGAAUGACCAUCGGAGGAUCCACACUGGAGAAAGGCCUUAUGUGUGUGGUCAGUGUGGGAAAUCAUUUAGCCAAAGAGCCACCCUCAUUAAACAUCACAGAGUUCACACUGGAGAAAGGCCUUACGAGUGCGGUGAAUGUGGAAAAUCUUUUAGCCAAAGUUCUAACCUUAUCGAACAUUGCAGAAUUCACACUGGAGAAAGGCCUUAUGAGUGUGAUGAGUGUGGAAAAGCCUUUGGGUCCAAAUCCACUCUUGUUCGGCACCAGAGAACUCACACGGGAGAAAAGCCAUAUGAGUGUGGCGAAUGUGGGAAAUUGUUCAGACAAAGCUUCAGCCUUGUGGUGCACCAGAGAAUUCACACUACAGCAAGGCCUUAUGAGUGUGGCCAGUGUGGGAAAUCGUUUAGCUUAAAGUGUGGCCUCAUUCAGCACCAGUUAAUUCACAGUGGAGUUAGGCCCUUUGAGUGUGACCAGUGUGGAAAAUCCUUUAGCCAAAGAACUACCCUUAAUAAACACCACAAAGUUCACACUGCAGAAAGACCUUACAUAUGUGGGGAAUGUGGGAAAGCUUUUAUGUUCAGAUCUAAACUUGUUCGGCACCAGAGAACUCACACCGGAGAAAGGCCUUUUGAGUGCAGUGAAUGUGGGAAGUUCUUUCGACAAAGCUAUACCCUCGUUGAACACCAGAAAAUUCAUACUGGAUUAAGGCCUUACGACUGUGGACAGUGUGGAAAGUCCUUUAUCCAAAAGUCGAGCCUCAUUCAGCACCAGGUGGUUCACACUGGAGAAAGGCCAUAUGUGUGUGGCAAAUGUGGGAAGUCCUUUACACAACACUCUGGCCUCAUUCUCCACCGAAAAUCUCACACUGUGGAGAGGCCUCGUGAAAGCAGCAAAUGUGGAAAACCCUUUAGCCCGACGUAACACUGUGUCACUCCACGCCUGAGAAAAGCCUCACACCUGCAGGGAAUGUGCCGUCUCUUUCUUCUAUAGAGAGCCUUUAUGAAGGCGCCAUCUACCUAAACCUCAUACUUCUAGACCUCCGGAUGGGUGAGACUCCCAUGAGUUCCAGGCAUGUGUGUCUUGCAGAAGCUCCUGUGUACAUUCUAAACUGCCGGAAGCCUCUGCUGGAAUUAAAUCAUUAGUCACCUUUGCAUUCCAAGGCAAGGCAGAUAACCUGUGUUCCCCCAUUCCUUGGAGGAAAUUCCUUGAGCCGCCUGAGCCUUUAAGGGGAAUUCAUUCCCUUUUCUGACUGACUGCAGCAUCUAUCUGACCAGUUUUGGCCACAAGGGCCCAGCCUGGCUUCUGCUGGAAACUGAUGUGGAAGGCUUCCCUUCAUGGAAAUUCUUGUUCUCACACGACAUCUGGUAGUUUUUUCCACCCUGCCAAGUUACCACCUGGUAACUGGCUACCUCACAUUGCUCUAGUUUGUGUGGUAAUAAAGGCCCCAUUUUAAAAUCU